AUGCGGCGCUACUACGACAGCAACCGCGCCGUGCUACUGCCGCUUAUCGCCGUCGGUGUAGCAGCUGUUUACGCUGCUGCAGGUCUUAUGGUGUACAAGCUUCGCAGGCCGGUGGGAGCGAAAGUACAUGAGUUCUUGCACAAGAAAGGACGUGGGAAGGUGGAAGAGCAACCGUCGUUCAGCGUCCUCGUGAAUGCUGGGAAACGUGUAAUACCAGCUGCGGUGGCUGUGGGUAUUGCAGCCGCAGCUGCAGGUCUAAUGACCCCUGAUGCGUAUCGCGACGUGCUGAACAGGCAGGCCGCACUACUGAGCGUCUCUGGAGCAGCUCAAGGCUUGAAGUCAGAUAACCCGUGCCGGAAGGCAGCGCAGUUGCUGGCUCAUUGGUCAGUGCGCAUUUGCGGCCAGAAACUGUGCAUACGCACGCGGGGUUUUCUGCGUGCCUGCCUAUGUCUUUCUCUUCUUCGUAUGAAAAUCGCCAUAGUCCGCAAACCUUACACAGACCGACGAGAAUAUCGGUACUUGUCAUUAUCUAACAAGAUGAGAGUGCUGCUGAUAACAGACAGUUCGUGUGACGAUGCAGCAGCAUCGAUACGCGUGGCUGCCGGCUCUGCAGCAGAUCCGCCGGAGCUCCCAGGCCUGGCCCAUUUCACAGAACAUAUGCUUUUUCAGGGGUCUCAACGUUACCCGCAUCAUACUGACUACUUCGACUAUAUACACAGACACGGAGGCUCUGCAAAUGCUUAUACAAGUAGAUUCUCCACUGUUUUUUCUUUCGCCAUCACGCCCGCCUUUCUGUUGCCAGCGCUAGAACGAAUGGCCGAUGCCUUUGCCGCUCCUUUACUCAAUAAAGCACAAAUGGACAAGGAGGUCCACGCAGUACAUGCAGAGUAUCAGGUGGAUAUAAAUGACGAUGCAAGAAGAGCCGCUCAUCUGGUUCGGCAA